UCAAUAUCAUUUAGUUAUUCUUUACAAUGCCAUCUCCAACUACCACCAAGUUCACUUCAUCAAAACAAAAACAUCAAUUUUCAUCCAAUAAUUUCACUUUGAGAAUAUGCAAAACACUUUUCCCUUCAGGGCUAGCCCUUUUAUUGGUUUACCUUUUCCUUUUCAAGCAUUCCAAUUACCCAUCCUCCAAGUUCACCUCACCCUUCCAAGCUUGCCAUAGUGAUAAUUCUCCCACUAAUAUCACCCACCUUGUGUUUGGACUUGUAAGCUCUAUCAACUCAUGGAAAGCGAGGAGGCCUUAUGUUGAAUCAUGGUGGCGACCAAACGUUACACGUGGAUACCUCUUCCUCGACAAACCUCCCACCCAGGAUCUCCUACCAUGGCCUUUAACCUCUCCGCCUCUAAGGAUCUCAGAGGAUUACUCUAAAUUAGAACAGGAGUCAAAACAUCUAGCACCAAGAAUGAUUCGCAUGGUGCUUGCACUCUCGGAGACAUUGAGAGAGGGAGAUGAUGGGGUGAGAUGGUAUGUGAUGGGGUUUGAUGAUUCCAUUUUUUUUGUGGACAAUUGGGUUAGUGUUCUAGCAAAGUAUGAUCAUAGUAAGUACUUGUACAUUGGGGGACAAGCAGAGACUAUUUUGUCAAACUUUUUUUUCUCAUUUGAACAAGGGUUUGGUGGGGCUGGAAUAGCAUUGAGCUACCCUUUGGCUGCAGCAAUGGUGAAGGAUUUGGAAGGGUGCAUUAGGAGAUACCCAUAUGCCAAUUCAGCUGAUCUGAUUACUCAGUAUUGUGUAGAUGAAUUUGGAGUUUCUUUUACUGCCGAGAAAGGUAUUCAUCAGAUUGAUCUAAGGGGGGAUAUAUCAGGUUUCCUAUCAGCCCAUCCACAAGCUCCAUUGUUGUCCCUCCACCACUUCGAUUAUGUAAACCCUAUUUUCCCCUCCAUGGACCGUAUCCAAUCCACAAACCACCUCAUGAAGGCGGCGAAAAUUGAUCAAUCACGAUUGCUUCAACAAACCAUUUGCUAUGACAGGCCAAGAAACUGGUCUUUUUCUGUCUCAUGGGGAUAUUCUGCCCACAUUUAUGAAAAAAUUUACGCACGAACCUUGUUAAAGAGACCGCUUGAGACGUUUAGGCCAUGGUUAGAGGACGCAAAGCUACCAAUGUUCAUGUUCAAUACAAGGUGGCCAUGUGAAAUACCUAACAUCUUCUUCUUUGAAUCUGGAGGGAAAACUUUAAGGAACCAAAUUUUGACGACCUACCUUCGAUCGACACCACUGCGCCACCCAAAUUGUACAUUGAGUGGCAAUCAUUUUGCAAAUAAAAUCUCCAAAAUUCAAGUCUUCUCAUCAGCAACUAAGCUCAUUGAUUUUGGAAGAAGUGAAUGUUGUGACAUCGUACACGUGGAUGGCAUGGACACUGCAGAUGUCAGAUUAAGAGAUUGCAAGGAUGAUGAGAUAAUUGGUUAAAUAAAAUGCAGCAUGAGCAUAUAUAGCAUAUGGUUGCAAAAAUGUUCUUAUAUUGCAAACCCAAAUUUUUUUAAUCUUUUUUAUUUCCUUUGGUGGGAACUUGAUGAACUCAUAACUGAUUCUUAAAAAUAAAAAGAAAAAA